AUGCUAAUUAGCGUGAAGACGCUGACUGGAAAGGAGAUUGAGAUUGACAUUGAACCUACGGAUAAGGUGGAGCCAAUCAAGGAGCGUGUGGAGGAGAAAGAGGGAAUCCCCCCACAACAGCAGAGGCUAAUCUACAGUGGCAAACAGAUGAAUGAUGAGAAGACAACAGCUGAUUACAAGAUUUUAGGUGGUUCAUUCCUCCACCUCGUGUUGGCUCUGAGAGGACGAGGUGGUCUUAGGCAGUGA